AUGUCGUGGCAACGUGCUCACGAGAUCGUGCAUAGGACGAGCAGGGCUUCGAGUGCUUUUCAGGAAGCCUCUUUGGAAGCCGUCUCUCCUCAUAACAAGCCGGGGCAUUCAUUGGAUGUGACCGGCGCAGCUUCUGUGCCUGCUAGGGCUGCCCGGGCACUACAAGAGGUGCUGAUGUCGGGUGCGCAGUCAUCGACCAGCAGCGAAGCCAGCAUUGUCUCUCACAAGGAGGAAGUGUUCGAAGCUGUGCGAGCGCACUUUGGAAGGAGCUGGCAGCAAUACUCCAACUCCCUGUCUGAAGGUGCAUUGCGGCUGGUGUCCGAGGAAGAGGCAGCUGGGAAGUCAAGUGCCUUCUUCGUAUUUAGUGAAGAUGGCAGGUAUUGCUUGAAGAGUGUGGCACCAUCAGAGGCCCAAAGCCUCUUGCAAAUCGUGGAGGACUACAAAGACUAUGUUCUCUCACACCAGACGCUGCUCCCGCGCUUCUAUGGGCUCUAUGAGGUCCGCUUGCGCGAUUCGUGGCGUUCGCCACCGGUCUGGCUGAUGGUGCAAGGCAACGUGUUGGGCGGCCGUGCCGCUGUGGUGCAGCGCUUUGAUCUGAAGGGCUCCACGCACGGCCGAAGAGCGUCCAAGAAGGAGUUGGCCAAAGGACGUGGGAGUGUUCUGAAGGAUUUGGAUUUCGUCUCGCACCAGUGCGCUUUGAAGUGUGCCAAGCCAGAAGGGCUGGAGGAAUGGCAAACUUGGAUGGCAUCUCUGGAAAGCGAUGCCAACUGGUUGGCCUCCCAUAACUUGAUCGACUACAGCCUUUUGUUGGGCUUCUCUGCCUGCUCAGUGGAUGAGCUACGGAAGCCUCUCUCUCAUGUGGUACGGCUGCAGGUUCAACGGAGCUCCUUGGGCAACCUUCAGAUUGAGAUUCCGGAGGGGUAUCAACUCUUGGUCUAUGCAGGCAUUGUUGAUUGUUUGAUGCCUUACAAUGCGCUGAAGCGGGUUGAGAACAUCAUUUGCGAUGCUUUGAUUUCAGGCGACAUCUCCUGCCAGCCGCCGCAGAAGUACGCACGGCGCUUCGCAGACUUCGUCACCCGCCUGUCGUGUCCAGAGGAGCUGCGAGAGCUGGUGCUGGAAAGACAGAGGGGCGCAUGGCGUCCCCUGAGCUUCAUGGGAGAGAUGGGGCGAAAGGACUGUGAGAGAUGA